AUGGUCUUUGAAACACAAGGGUCUGAAAUUCUCUUCAUUGUACUAUGGUUUGUUCAAUUCUUUCUCAUGCUUGCAUGUUCCAUAGUGCUCAUUCUUUUCCGAAACAAGACACAAUCCAUUCGAGCCCGAGCUCCAGUGCUCUCCGUGUUAUCUUCCAUCGGAGCAGGAAUUUAUUUAGCAGCGUAUACACUCUCUUACAGUGUUCCUGGAACACCAUGUCAAAUGAUUGUCUUGUUGGCAAAUGUGAGUUUUUAUGUCAUGUUUGCACCUUUACUAUUGAGAGCUUGGAGAAUUUACUUUAUCUACCAUUGGAAUUUCAAACUCAUGAAAAAGCAAAAGGAACAAGAUGAAGCCUCUCAACAACGAAAGAAGGAACGUGCUGCCAGCAGAAAGAAUAAGACCAACAUUGUUGCUACCACCAAUGUCGCUCUCGACAGUAACACAACUGUUGUGGAUGAAUCGACCAAUUUGUCAGCAAGUGCCACUGGCACAUCGAGUCAAGCACCCAUCUCACCUCGAGGUUCUGAAAAACAAUUCAAAUCAACAACUUCGACACUACAACAACAAUCAACGAAUAGAAAUUGGCGUAAUGACAUUUCUGAUUUACACACACAAAAUGAUCAAAUGUCUGUCAUUGAUGUCGAAGAUGUUCCAACCUUAUUGGAUGCUACUGAAGUUUCUGAAAUGAUGAGAAAGAGAAGAGCAGAACAAACAAGUACUGUCAACAAGAGAAGAGCUGAAGAAUCGAAUCUAGUCAAAUUCUUUGUGGUCAUGCUCGUGGUUGUCAUUGUUGUAAUGUUACCUGUGAGUUUGACAUAUCCUAAAUUGUGUCCUCAUGAUUUCUUGUGUCAAAUCAAUGAGAGAGAGACAAAUAGUCCAUUCAUGAGUUACAUCUUGUAUCCAAGAUUGGUAGUUCCAUUACUCUUCCUUGUGGAUAUCAUGUUGUUAAUUGAGGUGGUCAUGUUGAAAGAUGUCAAUGAUUCAUAUUCCCUCAAUACUGAAAUUCGAGUGACCACAGUCAUUGUGUUAAUUGGAUCCAUUGCAUAUGCCACAGUUUCAUUCACGAACUUGUCCUUUGCUUUUAUUGUGUUGACUCAAAUUUGGGUUCAAGCUGUGCACGCUACUUGCUCCUAUUUCCCUGUCCUCUUACUGAUUUAUACUUCAAUGAAACGAAAUACUGACAACUCGGAUGAAUUGGCCAGAAUGGAAGUACCAAAUAAUAUUGACAAAAUUCUGGAAAAUGACGUGACCAGAGAAUUAUUCAAGAGACAUUUAUUGAAUGCAUUGUGUGGUGAAACCAUGUUGUUUUAUGAAGAAGUUGUGGCCUAUAAGAAAUGUACUGCAAUGGAUCGAUCUCAAAAGGCUCCAAAUAUUAUUGAAAACUAUAUCAAGGAUGAUGCAUUGAAUGAAAUUAACAUUGCUGGUAAAGUCAAGAAGAGAAUUAUUCAAAGAUAUAAUCAAAUUACCUAUGAAGAUGAAGUACCUGUUGAUUUGUUUGACGUUGCUGUUGAAAAGAUGAAAUUGGUACUCCAUGAAAAUGGUACUUAUCAGAGCUUUUUGGAGAGUCAACCAUUCAAGAAUUAUGUUAAAAAGAUUAAGACUGGUAACAAGCUGAAGGCCAUUGAGGUUGCAGGAGGAAUUUAA